AUGGGAAUGUCUCCCACCUCUGCUCCGAGAACAACGCAGAGCUGUGGCAGGCCACACUGGGGCCAGAGGGGGAGCUCAGAUUUCGCCCUGCCUGCCGUGGUGCAGUGUCGGUGGGACGGCCAGGCACCACUGCCCCCUCCUCCUUCUCUGAGCACUGUCCCUCCAGUCAGCCCUCACAGAAGCACAUCAGCAGCGAGUCUGACACCAGCCGAGGAUGCACUCUGCACAUGA